UUCAGUUGACGAGUUUGGUUGAAUCAGUCAACUGAUUUUUUUCAUUAUAUAUUAUAUUUAAUAUUACUGUACUAUUUGUUAAACAUUUAACGGUACUAAGUGUAAAUUUAAUACUGAGUAUAUAUAUUUUUUGUUGUUUGUUGUUUGUUUGUUUUAUUUUAUUUUUUUCGUUACACAGUAAUAUCGUUAACAGUUAAUAUUAUAAAUAUAUAUAACGACUAUUGUCGUUUCAAAGUGUUAAACUAUAUAAAGAACUUGAAAUAUAAUAUUUUUCUUCAAUAAAGAAAGACUCAUUGAUUGUGAAUAACAAAGUUUAUUAAUUUAUUUUAUUGUUGCUAUUGCCAGCUAUCCUAAUAUUAUCAUGAAACUCCCAACAAUUAAUAUUAUUAUUGUUAUUGGUUUAAAUUUUUUAACAUCUAUUUUGGCAUCUCAUCAUGAUCAUUUGGGACAUUAUCAAAAAAAAUAUGGUUCAAAUGAAUUGAGAUCAAAACCAACUAAAUAUAGUCAAGAGGGUGAAACUGUUAUUGAAAAUAAAAAUGUAAACAUUAUUGUUAAUGUUGAUCCGAAAGAUGUUGCUGCUGAGCUAUGGAAAUUAAUUGAAGAACAUAUUGAUGUACCAUUAACAAGAAGAUCAUUUACAUCAAAUUAUAUUAUUGAAGAUUUAGAAAAAAUUGUUGUACCAAUUAUACAACCAACUCGUCGUUCAGCAACAUCACCAUUUCAGCUGGCUGAUGCAUUGGAUCGUGUUACAAGAAGAGCAUUGAAUAAUAAUUCAAAUGUUAAUAUCAAUGCUAGUAUUGAUAGGGAAAUUUUAACAAGAGAUAUUGUUACUAAAAUGAUGAAAAAAUUAAAAAUAAUAACUAAUUUCACUAAGAAAAAAAAUGCAAUGGCUAAUAAAAUUCAUGAUAACAAUGACGAUGAUGAUAAUGAUGAUGACGAUGAUGCAAAUAAUGCAAAAGAAGAUUUAAAAGAAAAUAAAAAAAAAUUAAAUCGAAAUAGUCGAAGAAUGCAAUCAAAUAUUCGUGAUGAUGAAUAUAUAAAUUUUAAUUUAAGAAUAUUAAAAAGUUCACUUCUUGAUAUAAUAUAAAUUAAAUCAAUUAAUUAUCAUAAAUUAUAAUUUAAAUUAUUAAAUAAUAAUAAUAUGUAUUAUUUACAUUUUUAAUGUAAAGCAAAAAAAAAAAAAUUAAUUUGUCAAGAUAAAAUUAUUUUAUGUUCAAAAAAAAAAGGAAAAAAAAAAAACAAAAAAACAA